CUUUGCUGGUUUUGUAAGACGGCCGACUCUCGACCGCUCUUCUCCCUGUCACGUAAAAUAAAUAAUUGUAAUGAAAAUUUCGAUAUGAUAAUAUGACAAUUUUAUUUGUUCUCUCGUCGUAGGCUACUUGAAUUUGUAUUUUCUAUAUAAUUCGGCGAUUAGCCGAACACGGCCAGUUCUUUAUUGCGUUUUUUUUCUAAUCUUGGCUUGUGUAAAGCAAGAUGGAACGGCCUGUUCUCUGUAGAUUUCGACGAGACGACUGGAGAAUUCGAUUCAAUGAACUACGACGACGACGAGUUUAAGCAAAUCAAAUUCGGGGUCAAAUUCAGCUCAAUGCAAAGACACUCUUCCAUGAUAGACUUACUUCAUCAAAUGAUCAAUGCUGAGUCCAGUGGAGCCAUACAAAUUGCAUGGACUGUUUUUCUUAAGGAGCUAGAGGAAGAGAUGAAAGAUUCGAAACAAAGGAUCAGAGAUCUGGAAAGAAGCGUUAAACAGAAAUCCAGACAGCUGGAUGAAAAUGCGUAUGCUUUCGAAGAGCUACAAUCCCAGUUGAAUGACGAAAGCGAUAAAAUGAUAGUCCAGGAAAGGGCCAAAUUCACAAAAAUUAUAUCCGAACUGAAGUCCCGUCUUGAGGAUAAGGAGAAAGAAGUCGAAGAGCUGAUGGAAUUCAAACAAGACAUCGUCGACAGAUUCAAUGCCAUGUUCCGGCAAAAAAAGCGAUCGAAAAUUAAAAAAGCGGAACUUUUGAAACAGCAAGAGGACAUGUUACAAGAAAUUGAAUUGCAAAAAGAAGUAAUAGAUCACUUGAAAAAGGCGUUGAACGAAUCUAAAGAUGAGCUGGACAAAGAAAGAAUUGAUUAUUAUAAAAAAGGAAUCGAGAAAGGGCGAGAAAUGGCAUAUCAUGAAGAAAUUGGAGUUUUAAAACAGUUGGAAAUACUGAAAAACAUUCAGUUAAUCCUCGAGAUGGAUCUGAAACAACAGAAAAAAGAAAUAUUUGAAGAUGAUUGAAAGAAAUCUCAUUGCAGCUUAUUCGAUUGUAAAUAGUGUACAUAAAUUUUUGAUUUUAGAACUUA